UCUCAACAAGUGUUAGGAUCACCGCCACAGCUUUCUUCGCUUCUCUCGACAAUUCCUCGUCGGACAUUCGAGACCUUCCACUCGUUUUUCUCCCACAACCAUCCCCGCCUAGGCAAUCGUUCAACCUCGGAGAAAUUGAACAUAGCACACAUCGAAGGACGGAGAGAUAAGCUCAAAGUCGAAUACCGAACUUGACAAGCAACUGUAGCGACAAUGGCUCGUUCCUGGAAGCCUGCCUUCUGGGCUCUCUUCCUCAUGGUGCAGCUCGGCCUCGCCUCCACCGUCGCCGAGAAAAUUGGUCUCACGAGCAAGCCCGUAGCAUCACUCAGCCUCGAGGAGAUUGACGAGCAGCUGCAGCAAUGCUCGAUAGUCCAAUCCCUAACCUCCUCCAAACUCGCCUCCCUCUCCGAAACCCCCUCCCUCCUGUCCCGCGCCUUCGGAACCCUCUUCCCCGGCUCCCCCGCCGUAAACGCCCUCCUGGCGACCCUCUACAUCUCCGGGCCCCCCAACUUCCUCCUCGCCCUCUGCCCGACGGAUAUUGACCCCUCCUCCCUCUCCGUCAUGGUCGCCUUCGCCGUCGGAGGGCUCAUGGGCGACACCUUGUUCCACCUGCUCCCCGAGAUCUUCCUCGGCGAGGACGAGCCCGAGCGCGCGCGCCUCGUGCUCGUCGAACCGAACCGCAACCUGCUGCUCGGCGUCGCGAUCCUCGUCGGCUUCAUGACGUUCGUGGCCAUGGAUAAGGGUCUGCGCAUCGCUACGGGCGGGGAGGGCCAUUCGCACGAUCACGGUGGGCACUCGCAUGCGCAGGAGCACGGGGAGGCCAAGGCCGAGGGCGUGUCGUCUGCUGUGGAGAAAGCGGGCGAGGUCACCUCGCGCAAGAAGAAGGCCGGGACCGACUCCGGAUCUGGAGCCGACGGCGCCGUGGACAAGCCGGAGAAGGAGAUGAACCCCAGCGUGAGACUCGGAGGCUACCUGAACCUGAUCGCCGACUUCACGCACAACAUCACAGACGGCCUCGCCAUGUCCGCCAGCUUCUACGCCUCCCCGACCAUCGGCGCAACCACCACCGUAGCCGUCUUCUUCCACGAGAUCCCCCACGAGGUCGGCGACUUUGCCCUGCUCGUGCAAUCCGGCUUCAGCAAGCGCGCCGCCAUGGGCGCUCAAUUCGUCACGGCCCUCGGCGCCCUCCUCGGCACCCUCAUCGGUAUCGCCGUCCAGGAGCUCGGCGGCAGCGGCUCCGGCUCCGGCGAGGGCGGUAUGCCGCGUAACGCGGGGCUCUGGGGUACCAGCUUGACCUGGGGCGACUUGCUUCUGCCCUUCACCGCGGGUACCUUCCUCUACGUCGGUACCGUCGCCGUUAUCCCCGAGCUGCUCGAGACGGGCCCGAACAAGAUGGCCGAGCUGCGCAAGACCCUCGUUCAGUUUGCCGCCAUUGCUGUCGGUGCCGGUAUCAUGCUGUACAUUUCGUGGCAUGACUAGACAAUGCGCCCUUUAAGAGGUGCUUCAAAUUUGCCCCGUGCACACGUAAACAUGUUCAUGUUAGAUGGGCCCUCACUGAAAAAGGCGAAUACGCCAUGUAGACUAUAUAGAGACAAUAGACAGAGCAGGAUCGUCUGCCACUGCCAGAUGAGAAGGAUUUCUCCAGCCAAAAGUGACGUGAAAACAGCCAUCACCAUAAUCUGGUUACGCUUACCUCUGGAUACAAUGCAACCAGC